AUGCAACCUUCGCAGCGGAAGGCUGGGGGAUCCCGCCAGGACACCUCGGAGCACGAUAAUCGAUCAAGGAAGAAACGCGACUCGGGUACCGGUCUUUCAGGCGUUAGGCCAAGGCCUAGCGGCAAUCCUUGGCCAGAACCUCCUCCUGCUCCCUCGAGUAACGAGAAUCGCGAUGCGACACCACAUCAGACCCAUGCAGCGGGAGUAGCAACAUCAACAACGAACCGCUACACCACAUCGCCUCAGACCACGCACUACGAAACACCGCUUGACAAGAGCCAGGGCCACGAAGCGAUGCCCUAUAUCCAGGAGGAAACAUAUCAACAGACCACUGCCGGGACGAACGGCAGCACUGCGUCCGCAACUGGGUCGUUAGAGCACCAGCAAGGGAACACAACCGCUAACUGGAUUUGGAGCGAAGACUAUCAACAGUGGUACUACAUCGCGCAGGACCCUCAGACAGGCGCAUCUGCUAUCGAGGAAAUGGAAGCAACCGAUGCAACGAAUGAGCAACAACCUUGGUGGCGUCGGAUCCUGCGACUACUAGGUAUUGGAUCGGACAUCCGUAUGGACGAUCGGUACAAAGACCUAAAGGUGAAACCGAUCAUUGCCUAUGCCGACGGAUACCCCCAGUACGCUGCAUUCAUCGACACUGAUGAUAACUUCCGGAUCUAUCGCCGUUACGGAACACUGCGAAACAGAGUCCUACUUCAACGGCAGCUGGAACUUGCGCUACUAGAAAAGAAGCUGGAUGAGCUCGACGAGAGGGACAACAAUGAACCACGCAAAUAUCGACUCGCGUCCAUACAAUACGACAAGGAGCAAGGCAAUUCAGAGAGGGUUGGUUUAAUCGAAGAGAUUGACAGAAAACUCGAGCAAUAUGAUGCGCUCCUGGCCCGAGAGCGCGAAUCGCUGGCAAUGGAAAGGCCUACCAAGCGGAAUCAUUUGAACCUCAUUCACUGGGUAUGGAACAAAAGAGCAAUCGCCAAGAGUGAGAUCGAGCUUCUCAACCGCAUCGAUGACUUCGUGGUCCUUUCACGAGACCAAGACUCGCCCUUUCAUACCUUUCUGGAGGAUCUACUCCAGAGGUUUCCUCUGUCGUGGAUCCAGCGAAUCUUUGUGUCAAAGAUCCAGCAAGAGAAGGCGGAAGCCAUAUCCAUCUUCGCUCGACCAAAGCAUCACGAGCUUUUUGCCGCCACUGCAGCAUAUACUGCUGUUCUUAUCGUUUUUCUUACGAACUUCUCUGGAAGCGGAGUGCUUACCGACGUAACCUUUGUUCUGAGGAAACAUUCCAUGUUGAAAUUCUACAGAGGCAAUAGAAAUCUGAUGAACCGCGCAUUUGUUUUGGUAGCCACUUCGAAAGGACCCCACCUGAAGAGGCUCGGCUCUCGCAGACCGCGGAAUAAGAUGUACAAGGCCAUAUGA